CCUAUAUAAUAUCAUCACUAUAUACCUUACCCUUAUUCCUUUAAUAAAGCGAUUACAGCUUAUUUAUUACAAAAUAUAAUGUCUCUGAGAUCAAGACCUACCACGCAGCCAUCCACCUCCGGCGUAGAACUGGUUAAGGUGCCAAAAAGCACGCAACAAGGUCAGCCCACUUUCUCGCAACGAGGAAUCUCUCAGACUCUAACGAGCGCAGCCAACUUGGCCAACCUCCUCCCGACCGGGACCCUCCUUGCCUUCCAGCUCCUCACUCCCAUUUUCACAAACAACGGCGCGUGUGACCCCGUCACGCGCACGUUGUCUUUCCUCCUCCUCCUUCUCCUCUCCUUCUCCUGCUUCCUCGCUUCCUUUACGGAUAGCAUGAAGGCCUCCGACGGCCAGGUCAAAUAUGGCCUGGCCACCUUCAGAGGGCUCCUGUUCGACUACCCCGACCCCACCGGGUCGGAUCUUCCCGACUUGAGUAAGUUUAGGAUCAGGUUCAUCGACUGGGUCCACGCGGUUUUAUCGGUGUUGGUGUUUGGCGUGGUGGCUUUGAGGGACAAGAAUGUGGUGGGUUGCUUUUAUCCGCAGCCAGGACACACGGUUCAGGAAGUUCUGGACAUUGUUCCGGUUGGGGUUGGGCUUGUUUGCAGCUUGUUGUUUGUGGUUUUCCCCACCAGAAGGCACGGAAUUGGCUACCCUGUUACACCUGGCAAAUAGUUUUAUAUUGUGAAUGAACUUGAAUUCUUCUUCUUCUUCUUCUUCUUUUUUAA